CUUUUAUUUCAAUCCCUUUUUUAAACUCGCAUUCUCUCUUUUUCUCUCUCUCUUUAUCGACCCUAUUCCACUUCCUAUUUCUCUACGUAUGUGUUUUGUAUCAUAUCGAGAGAUACACAUUCUCUACAGUAAACAACACAGAUUUUACAGGAACAGGAAGUCCAAAGUGUCACGAUAAAUGCAAUCAAAACGGAAAUUAUCUUGUGGUACAAAUAAUAUUGCGUAUAUAGUCAAAAGAAUGCAUCUAUAAUAAUUUAACCGUGAUCAGUGCAUUGCACCGUCUGUGAAGCUUACACCCAUUUGGUUAACAAGAAACGCAACGAACGUGUAUAGCCUCAUUUGUCUUCAGGGAAAGAGUUCAAAGUCCCGUAAAGGUUUCAUUCUAUGUCUUCCUCAUGGCGUCUAAGUUCCCAACAAAGGAGGAAGGAAAUGUCAAGCUUCGUACAAGAAAAGGUCAUGACAUGACAUGGUCAUGUGACAACCUGCAUCAUGGUGAGCCAAUCACAUUUUAUUGUAAACAACACAAAAUUCCUAUAUGUCAUAAAUGUGCGACCAAAGAUCACCAGAAACCAUGUGAGCUCAAAGACAUCGGGGAUGUCAUCUUUGAAAGGCGAGGAAAUCUGGAGGAGAAACAGCCCUUGAUAGGGGAAACGAAAUUACUACUUCAGAAGGUCCAAUCUAAAAUAAAUGCCGUUUCUUCUUCAUCCAGUAAGCAUCUUGAGACAGUGAACAAUAAGCUACAAGAGACAUUCGCAGACAAGUUAAAGAAUGCGAAAGAAACGGAAGUAAACUUGAUUAGGGUGAUUAACGAGGAGGCGGAUGAAGAAAUACAGAAAAUAAAUGAGAAGAGAGAAAAACGCAUCAAGGAUUGCAACAUCGAUAUCGAAAAGGAACAAAUUACCAUCAAAGAGAGACAAACAAGACUUUUAUCAGAUACAAAGACAAUCAGUGACGAAGUUACUAAGAAGAUUAACGAUCUUACUAAUAAGAUUCAGCAUGCGCUAAACACUAUGAAGAAUAUUGAAUCAACCAUCACACGUAUCAACCAACAUGAUGAAACAUUGGUGAAUGAAGCUCCUCAAGUACUUGCAUCUAUCGAUGAAAAUGUAAGUUUGAACUUUCAUCAAGAUGUUAACGACUGUCUUGACCGAAUUCAGAGUGAAGUUGAGAGAGUGACAUUUGUAGAGGCGAAAGUAGGUGGAGAAUGCUGCAGUAGAAUCGAUGGGUAUAUCGGCAAAUGGGAACUUGUCAAGUCAGUACACAUUCCAUCGUUUGUUAAUAAACCGUGGGUGCCUGGUUUGAUCAGUGAUGAUGAGAUAUGUGUGGAAGACGCAAAGAACCAUGACAUGUAUGUUACAAACAUUAACACUCAACACACACAGAAAGUCAUUGAUGGAGUUAGUAACAUGGACAUUACGUCAUGUGCCCCCAUAAACAGAAACGUAAUAGUAUGUGGGAAGCGGAGAUGGGAUUCGAAGGGUGACAGGUUAGAUGGAUGCAUCACUCUCUAUGACAGACAAUGGAAGAUGAUUAGAGACAUCAGCAUACCAAGGAAUGGAGGCUUUAAUAGUGUGUAUGUUAAUGUCGACAGGGAUGGAAGGAUCCUCGCAGCUGAGAUCAGUCAGUCUAACAUCUACGUCAUAAACCCUGAUAAUGGGAAGAUUGUACACACUGUUACGAUGCAGGAUAAGAAGGUGCUUGGUGAAAUACAAGCCUUGUCAUCAGGUGAUAUCGUUGUGAAUACAGGUUACAACAAAUACACUGUCAUAUCACGAUCAGGAGAAGAGAAGGCUGUCAUACACUGUGAUGAGUGGGGGGAUUCAAAAUGUCGAGUUGACAAACUGACAGACACACUCUUCAUCACUUACCGAGUCGCGGGUAAAACCUACGCAGUUGAUCAGCUGUCACGUGAUGGUAUCAUCCAGGCAAGGGGGAUCGUGGAAUACGUGGAAUCAGAUCGCCCUUUCUACUUUAGCCCUUGUCUUGUUACUCCUUAUGGUAACCGUGUAGUCUGUGAUGGAGAUAAGCUUCUUCUUUACAAGAAGACAUUUAUCUUGUAAAUCAUCAUGACACAAAUAUGAAAUUAUAGACCUGCCAUUGACCGCCAGCAGGGAAAAUAAUGUCAAAUUGUCAUUUCAUCUAAUGAAAAGGCUUGUAUUUCAUUCAACGUCAUCAACACCACCUUAAUAAAUAAAUAUUCCGAGUAAAAAUGUAAUGUUGAUACCAGAACAUUAGAGACAUUUAGAGUUAUACUGAUUUUUUUGUAUACUUAUAUGUAAGGAGGCGACGUACUAUACACGGUUUAUAUAUAUAUAUAUAUAUAU